AUGUUACAAUCGGACUCUUUAGACCUAGCGAGGAGAUACUGGUCAUACAGCAAUGAUGGGUCCAAAUAUGCUUUUUUUGCCUUUUUGGCUGCUAUAAUUAUCAUCUUUCUUAUCUUCACUUAUAUGCUUAAUGUCCGCAGAAUUAGACGGGGAAGAACUCCUAUAAUCUCACAAUACCUGGCACCUCCAAGCUACUACCAAUCACAGCAUCAGAGCCCAGAUGCUAACACUGUGCCGUUGCCGGCAUAUACAGAACAGCCAAAUCCCAACCAGGACAUUGGAUACUACGACAAUAACGGAAACUUCAUUCCUUACUCGAAAGCCAAUGGAGCCGGCGGGCCCAGCGUGCCUCCUGGGCCCAAUGGGCCGGGCGAAGUGAAUGGAGACAACCAGACGGCUCCAAAUCCCUUUGAUCAGCAAGGAACAGGCCACACCAGCCCGCCAUAUGCUCAGGCUCCCGCCACCGAGCCAAUAAGCUCGCCGCAGCAGGCGUACUCUCGCCCAGACGAUACCGAGACAUAUCCUACGUAUACUUCGCAUUCUUCCAGCGCGAAUGCUCCGGCAAACUAUACUCCUCCUCCAGGGCCACCUCCGACUCAUAAAAAGAACUACUAG